UUGCGGGACGUGUCUUGACUCUUUUGGGAAGCUUUUGGCUGAACUGCGCUUCUGGGUCUCUGAUCAGUGACUCUCUGCAAACGCUUUGACCCACACAGAACACCCAUAUAUUAUACUGUAGAGACGGCCGAGAGAGAAGCACGGCUUGCUAGGAGAAGGCCAGGGUCCCACGCUCUGCUACACUGUUCGUCUUUUCUACAUAGUCCCAAAACGCAAACGUCCGAACCUUCCCGCGCCGAACUUGAGUUUGACCGGCGGCCGGGGAAAGUAGACAGAAUGGCAGCAACGAUCAGUGCCGUUUCGGAAGAGGUCAAGGGCCCGGUUUCGCCAAAGAAACAAGAGAAGAAGCUCUAUUGCUACUGUUUAUCUGAGGGCAAUGAUGGAGAGUUCAUGAUCGAGUGCGAUGGCUGUGCAAAUUGGUACCAUGGAAGAUGUAUUGACCCUUCAAUGGUCGAAGAAGAUACGCAAUAUCUAUCAAAGUUCUACUGCCGAGAGUGUCAACCGAAAUUUGGCAAAAGUGUAUUCAAAGAACCUACUCGGAAGUCCAAGCGCGAUAAGACUCAGAUAAACUACAACGAGUUGAACGAAGGCGGGGCAGCUGUCGAGGAGGAUCGAUUUACAAAAACCUUGCAGGCGCGGACAUUUCGACAGGAGAGCUUUCAAAGGGUUCGGGGAGAUGAAUUGACGUUGGAGUGGUUACGAAAGUCGGGGUUCAGGGAGCCGGUACUGGUCACAACCCCGGAGGGUCUGGACAUGGCGAUGCCGUCCAAGGACUUGAUUGUGGAUCAAGUUGCGGACAUGUGUGGCAGGGACCGGAAAGUGGACGCUAUCGAGGUUUCCACGCAGUCUGAGCGGAUCAUGACCUUGGACGAAUGGGCCAAGUACUUCCAUCAGCCGCCCGAGAAGAGAAAGAGGAUCAUGAAUGUCAUCAGUCUGGAGAUCAGCCAGACGCCUCUAGCUGAGCAAGUGAAACGACCGCGCGUCGUACGGGAUCUGGACUGGACCGACAACGUCUGGCCAUCAGAAUUGAAGCGGGCUGGCGAAUACCCUCAUGUGCAGCUCUACUGUUUGAUGAGCGUGAAGGACAGCUACACCGAUUUCCACAUAGAUUUCGGCGGCUCAUCCGUAUUCUACCACCUGCUUUCCGGCGAGAAGGUGUUCUACUUCAUCCCACCAACGUCAACAAAUCUCAAAAAGUACGAGAAAUGGUCAUCCUCGCCAGAUCAAGGGCACACAUUCCUGGCAGAUGACAUACGAGACGGAGCGAUCGAAGUCCACUUGAAGGCUGGGAACACGAUGAUGAUCCCUACGGGCUGGAUUCACGCAGUAUACACGCCUGAAGAUUCGAUUGUCAUUGGGGGGAACUUUCUGCAUGGACUCAAUAUCGAUGGGCAACUCAACAUCUAUGAGAUCGAGAAGCGGACCAAUGUUCCUGCCAAAUUCAGGUAUCCGUACUUUGAGAUGAUGCAAUGGUAAGUCGCGCCUGAGCGGUGUUUUCGAUCAGUGGGUUUCUGAUCUGACGUCCGUCCAGGUAUGCUGCUCG